UUGUUCGACGUGAUUUUUGAGGAAUUUCAAAGCGCUUUGUGUCUUGUGUUUGGUAACCAAAUGGUCAGCGAUGAGGCAAGGGGGCCUCGUGCUUUUUGCUGCUUUGUUCGUGCGAAGGGUUACCUGCUUUGAGCUGGGAACUCCCACAGUGCUGCCGUGUUCGCGCUGCCAGGCAGACACAUAUUUGCUUACUUGUUGUGCCCAGUACUGCGAUGAACUGAAACUUGAAGCAAACCAGCUCUUAUUAGUUCGCUUUCAAGGAUCGGGCCUGAGUUUUUGCGAUGGAUGGAUCAACGUCUAUCUCGGACAGCACCGUGAGGAGUUCGUUGGCCAAGUCCACGUGCUUGACGGAGAAAUGAUAGAGAUACAGUCAAGGGCGUUGUUGGACGCAACAUCGAUACAAACAUGGACACCUUUCUUCAAAGUUCCCGCUUCAGAGGACGUUAAUGAGUGGUCGCUGAGAAGCGAAACCAUCCUACUGAUCAGCCUUGGCAUAGUCUCCAUCAUGCUGGUGGGGAUAUCGUAUGUAUUCUGGAAAACAAUCAAAAAUACUGGUGAAAAGGACUCUCGAAAGAGCCGCGAGUCAUUUCCACAUGAGAUACACGUCCGAAAACAAGCCGGCGUCUGGAGCUUUCUGAGACAUCAAGCACGACAUUCUUUGAACGACAAGGAUUUAUUGUCUUUCAUCACUCUGCAUCGGGCAAGGGCCGUAGUCGUCGCCACGCCGUAGAGCGUUGAUGACAUCGCUUAAAAUUCACCACUCCAUUAGGGCUUCGCAAUCACUAAAAAGCCCAUUUGAUGACCGAAUUUGGCGAUGAGAGGGGCAUGGGCUUGUUCAGCAGAUUGUAGCGACCGUGAAGUGAUGUCACGCCGCAGUCAUUGCUGGCAGUAUUGAUCUGUUGAAUGAACUACUACUGAACACGUUACCAUUCCUGGCGCACACCACAUACAAGAAGUCCGAUAAUGCGCCACGUUCGAAAGAAAAUGGCGACAGUUCGUGAAAUCGUUCGUAUGGAGUGUAAUGGUUGAGUCGUUCAGUGUCAAAGGACAUUUGUGAUCUGCAGCGCUGGCGUGACUUGCCUCCAUGUGGUACACUCUCAGUAUCACGCACUGAACAGCUUUAUGUACUUUAUUGGUUGCUCUCUCUGUGCCUGGUAAACAGACAAGCAAUCACGGGGGAUAGUUGGCUACAACGGAAGUCAGCUGCACCUAUUCGUAACUUCUAUGGUGUUCGAACAAGAUGUUUCGAUGUCAUGCGUGGUCACAUUGGACACUUACGACAGGAGCACCACGCACCUCCACACCGGGACGUAACAUCUACAUGUUAAAAUUGAUGCUUUGCCACUAAGUCGCUGACAGUA